AUGGACCAAGUCUUGCUCUGGGAGACGGUGCUCAUGGUGUCCCAGCCCACACCCAUCUGGAAACAUAAUCUACUUAUACCCAUUGCUUGUGCUGUGUUGUCCAUUGUUUUGCUUUUACUUCACGGUUUUCUAUCAGCCAUUUCCGCUAAAUACUUGAUCGCAAAGCUUUGUGGUCGAGAGACCGAGGGGCGCACUAUUAGCGUUGACUCAGCGCCUCAGCAACUUGUUGUACAACAGCACACUGGGUUCUUCCCUGAUUUAUACUCUCGCAUUAGAAGCCAUGGGGGUACGGUUGUAUUCGUAUGGAAGGUGCUGCGGUUAAUGGCCUGCCUCACGCUGACUGGUUUGACGACUGGUGCGAUUGUGUUAAUCAACGAGGGACAUAAUACAAUUGGCACGAAGCAAUACAAACCAGUCGAUGACCCACACUUGAACUCGGACAUGGAUAUACUCAAAAAGGCACAAGGAAGCGAACACCAAAAGUAUACAAAACGAGAGAGAUGGUUCAGCACUGCCGAGUGGAUCGAGAUAUCACUGUGCAUGUUUUAUACCUAUACAACUCUUCUGGCGAUCCUUGCGCUCACACUCGCACCUCGCUCCCGUGCAGCUGUCAAUACCCAUUUGGUUGUAUUGCUACUGAUUGCGUUUGCUGUGUACAUAUGGCGGGAUCUGGUGCCCUUCGCAACCUACGACCUGGAUCCUGUCGAUGCCGUGGGAGGAUGGCUGACAUGGGCUCGGAUCGGUGUACUCGGGUUUGCCUCAGUUGUGGUCCCGCUGUUUAUUCCAAGAAUAUAUGUGCCAAUCGACCCUAAUAAUCCAAGCAAGAAUCCCAACCCCGAACAGACUGCCUCGCUCAUCUCUUUGUUACUCUACAGCUUUCUGGACCCGCUUUUGUGGACUGCAUAUCGUGCGCCGAAGCUAGAGUAUGAACAACUGCCACCGCUGGCAGACUAUGAUCGUGCUUCGCACCUGAAAGAGCGUAGCUUCUCGAAGCUUGACCCACUAAAGCAGACGAAGCCGCGAUACUUCUUCUGGGGACUGAUGGCAGUGUUCUGGAAAGAGUAUGUUGUAAUGGCAAUUACACUAAUUAUCAAGGCCAUGAUGGACUUUGCGGGUCCGAUCGGGAUCAAGUAUAUCUUACGUUAUCUUGAAACCCCUUCGGAUCCUGGUUAUCUUCGUCCUUGGUUCUGGAUAUUGUGGUUACUCAUCGGUCCCAUCUUCGGUUCCAUAGCAUGGCAAUGGUAUAUCUUUUUGAAGAUGAACUCGGUUGUUCGUGCCACAGGGAUGAUAACCCAGCUCAUUUUUGAACACACCCUUCGCAUCCGUAUGAACGCUCAAGCAGCAGACGAGCCGAGUGGGAAAACGUCCGAGCCCGAAAUUCUCACAGCUGGCUUGACCGUUGACGAAGAGGAUCCUAUAGUUACCACAGGGAGUGAUAGUGGGGAGCCGGACGGUACCAAUAAUGUAAUGGACGCAAGCAAUACUCAGACAUUGAUCGGUAGUACGAGUUCGGCCAAGGUGAGGAUAAAAGAGGGGACUGAAGGGGAGAUCGAAAAUAAAGGAAAUGAUAGCCUGAAUUUGAUCGGAAGGAUCAACAACCUGAUGUCUACUGACUUAGAGAAUGUGACUGGGGGUAGCUAUUUCCUGUUCGUUCUGGUAUACGCACCUGCGCAGUUUAUCAUCAGCGUUGUCUUCUUAUACAAUAUUCUGGGAUGGAGUGCUAUAAUUGGAAUGUGUUUUAUGGUCUUAUCAUUCCCCAUCCCUGGAAAGCUCGCGCAAUUGGUAAACGAUGUGGAAAAGAAACAAAUGAAGAAGACCGACGAACGCGUACAAAUAAUCUCAGAGACUCUCAACGUGAUACGUAUGGUGAAGCUUUUUGGAUGGGAGAAAAAGGUUGUGGCGAAGGUGGCAGAGAAACGUGUAGUGGAACUAGAAUAUUAUAAGAGGAAGCAGUGGAUUGGGCAAGUCGGGGCGAAUACGAACUUCAUACUUCCACUGCUUGUCAUGGCACUCACAUUUGCUUCCCACACCUUGUGGUUUAAACAAGAACUCACUGCAUCAAUAGUGUUCUCCUCUAUUGGUGUCUUUGAUGUCUUGCGUAGCCAAUUACACAUGCUAGCUUGGCAGAUCCCAGCGGCAGUUCAAGCAAAAGUGUCUAUCGACCGCAUCGACGAGUUCCUGCACCAGACCGAGCUGCUUGACGCAUAUACUCACAAGCACACCCCCGCCAUCAUCGACCCUAGCCCCCCUCCACCAGAUGCCAUUGGCUUCCGCAAUGCAACUUUUGCAUGGUCCCGCCAAGCUCCUGCCACCCCCACUCCUUCCAGACGCAACUUCAGGCUCCACAUCGAUCAAGAGCUGCUGUUCCACCGCGGCAAGAUCAACAUGGUCGUCGGCCCGACAGGAUGCGGAAAGACCAGCUUGCUCAUGGCGCUGUUGGGAGAGAUGCACUUUGUGCCUAGUGCACCAGACUCGUGGUUCUCUCUGCCGAGACAAGGAGGCAUCGCAUAUGCUGCCCAGGAAGCCUGGGUCCAAAACGAGUCCAUACGAGACAACAUUCUGCUUGGAGCCGAGUACGACGAAGAGCGAUACAAGAAGGUGAUAUCGCAGUGUGCGCUGGAGAGGGACCUGACGCUGUUCGAGGCAGGCGACCAGACAGAAGUCGGUGAAAAGGGCAUGACACUGAGCGGAGGUCAGAAGGCUCGAGUGUCGCUUGCGCGUGCGAUCUACUCGAAGGCGGACAUCAUCAUACUCGACGACGUGCUCUCUGUGCUGGAUGUGCACACGUCGCGGUGGGUCGUGGACCACUGCUUCCGAGGGGAGCUUGUGGCAGGAAGGACGAUGAUCAUAGUGACACACAACGUGGCGAUGGUGAGCGAGGUUGCACACUUUGUGGUGUCGCUUGGAUCGGACGGGAGGAUUGUCAGCCAAGGCAGCAUUGACGAGGCAUUGCGGCUGAACCCGAAGCUGAAGGCGGAGGCGGAGAAGGACGAAGAGCUGGAAAGGAAAGGUGAAGAAGUAGUGGACGAGAGCAAUGCUGUGGAUAAGAGCGAAGCAAACGCAAAGAAAGGAGAUGGGAAGCUGAUGGUGGCAGAAGAAGUUGCGGAAGGCCAUAUCGGAUGGCCUGCCUUGAAGUUUUUCUUAACCGUGCUUGGUGGAUUUUGGUUCUGGGUCGCUUAUUUCCUCGGCCUCAUCCUCGCGAACGCCGCGAUCUUAGGACAAACAUACUGGCUUGGUAUCUGGGCUCGAGCUUACAAAGUAGACCAAGGAUACUCGGAAUACGUCAACGUGCCGUUCUACCUUGGCAUUUAUGGUUUUAUCUGUGUAACUGGCAUUGGAUUUUUCACCGCCGCAUUGGUCAUCCAUGUCUUGGGCUCUGCACGGGCCUCGCGACGCAUACAUGAUCGGUUGAUCAAGGCCGUACUUGGCGCACCUUUGCGUUGGCUUGAUUCAACACCUGUCGGACGUAUUAUUGCUAGGUUCACGCAAGACAUCCGUUGUAUUGAUGCGUCCCUUCCUAACGAAUGCCGGAACCUAGCGGAACUGACAGUUGAAGAGCUUGCACGUCUCAUUGGAGUCAUUGUGUUUGCUCCGGUUUUCACCCUCCCUGGAGCAGCGGUUUUUGCCAUUGGUCUUUGGCUUGGCCAAGUUUAUAUGACUGCUCAAAUGUCCGUCAAGCGUGAGAUGUCUAACGCUCGCUCGCCCUUGUUCAGCCACUUUGGAGCUGCCUUGCAAGGUAUUACCUCGAUUCGUGCAUACGGAGUUGAGGACCUGUUUAAGACCGAAGCGCUGAAGAGAGUAGACAAGUACACGAGAUCAGGCAGGGCGUUCUACAGCUUGAACCGCUGGGUUUGUAUUCGAACAGAUGCACUCGGUGGACUCUUUGCUUCGGCACUGGCUACAUAUCUAGUAUACUACCAGGUGUCUGUCGAUGCUAGUGAUACUGGUUUCUCCCUCAGUAUGGCGGUCGCUUUCUCUGGAGGUAUUAUCUGGUGGGUUCGCAUCCUCAACGAGUUUGAGGUUCAAGGAAACAGUCUCGAACGCGUACAAGACUACGUCAGUGUCGAGCAGGAGCCCGAGUCAGUCCCAGAGAAGGCUCCUCCCGCAUACUGGCCUGCAUCCGGUCACAUCGUCGCCGAGAACCUCACAGCACGCUACUCCAAGGACGGUCCUGCAGUCCUCCACGGCCUGUCAUUCGAGAUCAAGUCUGGCGAGCGUGUCGGUGUCGUAGGCAGGACAGGCAGCGGCAAGAGCUCCCUGACCCUGUCGCUUCUACGGAUGAUCCCUAUCGAAGGCAACGUGUACUACGACGGGAUCCCGACACACGGCGUGAACCUGGACGCACUGCGCUCGAGCAUCACGAUCAUCCCUCAGCAGCCAGAGCUGAUGAGCGGCACGGUCAGGCAGAACCUCGAUCCGUUCGACGAGUACGGCGACGCGGUGCUGAACGCUGCGCUGCGGUCUGCUGGGCUGGACACGUUGCAGUCGGAGGACGACGAAGGGUACAUCGGGCUGGAGUCGGGAGUGAGCGCAGGAGGAGGGAACUUCUCGCUGGGACAGAGGCAGAUACUUGCGCUUGCACGUGCGAUCGUGAGGAGGAGCAAGGUGCUGAUACUGGACGAAGCCACUGCGGCAAUCGACUACAACACGGAUACGGCAAUCCAGAAGUCGAUUCGGACAGAGCUGAAGGACCGGACACUGAUCAUUGUUGCACACCGACUGCAAACGAUCUGCGACGCUGACAAGAUCAUGGUGCUGGAAGCUGGGAAGAUCAUCGAGUUUGACUCUCCAGCGGCGCUGCUGCAGAAGGAGUCAGGAGCGUUCAAGUCGCUUGUUGAUGAAAGUGGAGACAGAGAUGCGUUGUAUGCUAUGUCAAAAGGCCAUUGA